CAAACAUGUUUAGUUAUCAUGCUUGUAUAGACUGUAUAGGGUCAUCUUCUAGAGAGUACAACUGUUAGGUAUAUGUUUGUGUACUCUCUUCCUCUCAAUUAUCAAUUUCACUACUCAACUCAUUUUCGUGGCGUGGCGCCACGGCGAACUAGCGACUUCUCGGUCACCAUCUCCUUGUCCCUCUUCCUGUCUCUCCUUGCAAUCCGCCGCCUGUUCGGUUCACAAGAGAUUUCCUGUCAUGGCGGCAUUGCUCCUCAAAUUCCCCCGUCCUCAUCACGUUUUGCGUCCCAAUAACAAAUUUCUUCAUUAUGAUUCAGACUCGACCAAAGUCGCAUUUUCGAGCAGUAAAAUUCGCUCGGGCAGAAUCACAGCAGCAGCGGGCAGGUCGGGUAAGGGAUUUGGGUCCGGCCCGUCAGAUAAAGCUUCCGCUAAAUCCAAGGGGAAGUCUUUAGGCGGGGCCAAGAAACCGCGGGAAAAUGGGUCGAAACCAUCUGGACAGUCCGUCGCGCCAGAAGAUCCGAAGAUCACGCGUCUCGUACAGCGAUUGGAGAAGAAGUCGUCAUCCGAUCCGGCGCCGACACGUGGCCAUCCGCUGAUCGACCAGCGCGCGGCAGCGAAGGGCCGAGUGGACUUCGUCCGGGUGGAAGGUUGGGAAGCUGCAGGUUCGGCAGCAGGUGCGGAAUUAGGUCCGGACGAAAUCGGCAAUCUCAAGGUGAAAAGCUUCACGGCCGGCACCACCUCUCAAGGCUACGAGGCUCGGGCCGAAGCUGGCCAACAGCUUCGGCAGCAAGUCGCAGAGGGAGACCCACCCGCGCCGCAGGUAGGCCUGUACGAACGCCUGGUGAGGCACCUGCAGGUUCUCGAGUCGCAGGGGAAACUGGCAGUCGCACGGGCGAAGGGGGAACCGCCCCUGCCGUCGUUCGACCGGUGGAGGUUCGGAGCGAAGAGGUUCGGGCAGUACCUAGUGGAUCAGAGUCACGUUCACGAAGCUCUUGAUAAGGCUGUUCUAGCAGCCCUUGGCGGAAGAAUCGGCGGGGAAACUGGGGGGGAAGGGGAGGAAGCGUCAGGAGCCAUGAGGGCUUUGAGCUUGGUGGGCCCGGCAGUAGGGUUGUCGCGAAGCGAGGCUCUAAGGAGCGAUAUUACCGCUCUCUCUAACGCGAGUGCUGCCACGGGAGCAGCAGCGGCGGCGGCAGCAGCGGCAGGAGCUGGAGGAGCAGCAGCAGCAGCAGCAGGAGGAGGAGAGGCACCAGCAGCAGAAGCGGCAGUGCCUGCAUCGCCCACCACCGAGACCAUAGCCUACGUCAGAUUAAUCGAGCAGCUCGGCCAGAAAGCAUCCGUCUCCAUCUCACCCAACGGCAAGGAGCAAAAGGAGAGGGAUUCACCCACACCAUCCUUCCUCUCCCUCACAUCCUCAAGCAGCAGCAGUGGCAGCAACACCACCAGUGACGCUUCCGCAACCAUUUCCCUCACCGACGCCGCUCGCCUCCGGCUCUUCGCGCACACGUUCACCCUCCUGGUCACCCACCUCACCAACGGCAUGCGCAUCGGAGCCAAGGCAGUUGAGUGCCUGCCCGCCCUGCGAGCCGCCAAGGCUGUGAGCUUCUUCCAGGAGUAUCCCCCCAGUGUAGGGGAUCCCAUGAGGGCGUUCAGGGGGGCUGUGGAUGAGGCUGGGAGGGGGCUGAGCGAGGGGGAGGUGCAACUGGUGGAGGGCGAACUGGGCCCGGCUAUGGUGAAAGCGAGCCUGCUGCUGAAAGUGCUGGCAGUAGAGGAGAGGGAGGAGGAGGUGGCUGGUUUGGUGUGAGGAGGGGGAGGUGCAACUGGUGGAGGGCGAACUGGGCACAGCCAUGGUGGUGAAGGCGAGCCUGCUGCUGAAAAUACUGGCAGUGGUGGUGGUCAGUGCGUCUCAGGGAGGAUUCAUGAGGGAAAUUCUGUCCAGCGGUACCAUGUUGUAACUUGCAGAAAGGAGGUGCAGGGCAGGGAUGGAUGGAAUGGAACUUCUGUACCAUGCCUUGCACACCACAGUUGAUUGUGCUAGGUGUUUAGAGUGUUUCUAGCAGAAAUAAUACUUCGUGGAAAUCUCAAGCGUGGGAAACUCAAAUCCUUUUUGGAACCGCUUCAGUGGGUAGUGCCGGACAGGGACAGCACCUAUUCCUCGAAGUGGUCCUUCCUGUUCAGAUCAGAUGAAAGCCGAAAUGCUGA